UGAUCAUCACCUGGUGUUGGUUUUCUUUUUUGGCGAUCAAUGUUUUACAGGGCUGCGAAAGCUUGGUUAUACGAUCGUCAAUACAUGAUACAUGUCCUUCUGCAGCCAUACCACAACAGAUGGCCAAUAAGGACGAUAGUGAUUGCCUGAUAUCUUGGCAGAAACACAUACCUUGUAUCCAUAUUAGACUUCCAGUCCACGCAUAUACAUUCCUGAGCUUGUAAGGCCGGACCCACUAUGAAUAAACUAGUGGAGGACUUGAUGUUGUCUCUAUGAGUCCUUUCCUGAUUUAAAUAUCUCCGCUGGCCCUCAUGUUUAACAUGACUGGAGACAGAUGCAUAGAAGCGUGUCCUCGCAAGAUUCUAGGCCACUAUGAAACCGAAAACUGUCGAAUGUGAAUCCUUGGAUUCAGUCGAGACAGAGCGAUCGAGCCUUAGGCACGUUUGUGAUGACAUCUCUCUCGAUAUAUUCCUAGUGGCCGUUGCGGAGCUGGCUGAAAGAUUCACAUAUCGGUCUCUAACGGCGCCGAUGCAGAACUAUAUUCAGAACGCACGGGACGAUCCGAUGCACCCUGGAGCCCUCGGAAUGGGCCAGAAAUUAGCGACUGGAAUGAACUACUCCUUUGUCGGAUGGUGUUACUUCGCUCCAAUCCUAAUGGCAAUUGUGGCAGAUACUUUUCUUGGUCGAUUCAAUACGAUCGUUUUGGGGACUGGGUUUUCGGCAGCUGGAGUGCUCAUCCUCUUUGUUACCUCCCUCCCAGUGAGCUUGGAGAAUGGAGCUGGUCUCCCCGGACUAAUGGCGGCGUUGGCCUUAGUGGGAUUGGGCACCGGCGCAAUCAAGAGCAAUGUAGCCCCCCUGAUUGCUGAGCAGUAUGCGGGACGCCCUGAGCGUCUAAAGACAUUGAAGAGCGGCGAGCAGGUGCUGGUUGAUCCUAGCGUUACCACCCAGACGAUAUAUGCGCGGUAUUACUGGGUGAUAAACCUAGGCGCGCUGUCAGUGCUUCCCGUGUCGUGGAUUGAGCUUAAAGUGGACUUCUGGGCGGCAUUUAUGCUGCCAUUAUGCUUCUGGACCCUGGCGAUGCUGGCCCUCCUGGCAGGUCGCACCCGUUACAUCGUUCGCCCCCCUCAAGGGUCCGCAAUUAUCAAAGCAAUGCGCGUAUUAUGGAUUGGCAUCAAAAAUAAAGGAAACCUCGAGGCCGCCAGGCCAUCAUUGCUGGAGAAGGCAGGUGUGUCCGUGUCAUGGGACGGCAUUUUUGUCGAUGAACUCAAAGGAGCUCUUGUAGCCUGCCGUGUAUUUUUGCUAUUUCCCAUAUAUUGGAUUUGCAACGGGCAGGGAAAUAGCAAUUUGGUCAGCAUGGCUGCCUCUAUGGAUACACAUGGCAUACCGAACGAUAUGAUGGGGUGUUUUAACCCGAUUACUAUAUUACUUGCCAUACCCCUUUUCGAGUGCAUCAUUUACCCUGGUUUGCGUCGAUAUAACAUUGCAUUCCAUCCCAUUAGUCGGAUUACGACCGGUUUCUUUGUGACAGCGUGCGCGAUGGCAUUAGCUGGCGGUCUUCAAGAACUAAUUUACGAGACCUCCCCAUGUCAGAGAAAUCCUACAGCUGAUGGUUGUGAGGGCGCCACUCCGGCUCGCAAGAUCAGCGUGUUCUUGCAAAUCCCCGUCUAUUCCCUGAUUGGCAUAUCUGAACUCCUUGCAAUGCUGUCCGGGAUGGAAUACGCGUAUACUAAGGCACCGCAGUCCAUGCGCAGCGUUAUUAUGGCACUUUUCCUGAUGACUGGCGCGGUGGGAUCCUCCCUUGGGAUUUCGCUUUCGGCAGUGUCUGUGGAUCCUAGGGUCCUGGUGGAAUAUGUCUCCCUCAGUGCCACUAUGCUCGUGGCAGCGAUUGUAUUCUUUUUGUGUUUCCGGAAAUACAGCCGUAUCGAAAAGAGUAUGAACAUGUUGGUGGAAGUAGAUGGUCCUAAGGACUCAUUGGAUACGGACGACGCGAGCAGGCUUGAGAAGCAAUGAUUCAUGUUGAUUUUCCCAGAUGUCUAUUAUUUUAUUGCACUUGCGUGUUUCUCUUCUUGUACAGUAUCUUGUCUACUACAUGAUGUGCUCUGAUAGAGACAUCUGCUUUUAUCGAAUUCACUGCGUGAAUAUUUGCGAUGAUAGUGUCUCUAGCAUAUUAACUA